GUGCACCUCCGGAAUAUUGAUUUACCGACGCUAGUCGAGCUUUCCCUUCAAAGUUCAUCCACCUAGGAUUGAAUCGAAGAUAUCAAACCAAAAGAAGCCCAAAAUAUAUUCAAUAUUAAUACAGCCCUCUCGCAUACGAAUCACAUAUUUCCCAACUUCAAAUACAUAAAAUACCGCAAUCAUGUCGAUGUUUGGAAUGGGUCGUCCUCAACCAUCUUCGCAGGAGAAAAUCGCUGCUGCUGAGCAAGAGAUGGAUUUGAUUACUGAUAUGUUCAACAAACUCAGUCAAUCCUGCAUCAAAAAGUGCAUUCCCAAAGAUUACCGUGAGGGUGAACUCAACAAGGGCGAAGGCGUCUGUAUCGACCGCUGCGCAUCCAAAUUUUUCGACGUCCAAAUGAAGAUUUCUGAACUAUUACAAGCUGAGGCCGCAGCUAAGGGAGCUGGUGGUGGUGGAUUCGGAGGUGGUGGAUUUGGAAUGUAAAUUAAAGAUAUUUAUGAAGAGAGGUUGGAGGAAGUUGUGUAUUAUUGAGCCGGUUCAUUUGGGUAAAUAAAUGAUGCAAAGAUGACAUGACGAAAAGGCAGGCACGAAAAGGACUCCACCAGAAUACGUCGAGGCUAUGAAGAAUAUCUAUGGGUGAUGAUGAUAAGCUCAUCGGUGUUAAUAUUGUACAAUAGAAUGUGGUAUAAGGAUCACACAAGGUGGUUAUUUAAGUCCACUGCCCCCCAUCUCUAAAACUCCAAUCCAUACUACCA